AUGCCAAUGGACGCCCACCGUGAGGAACGCCCCUGGAUCCGCCUCGCCUACAGGACAGACGGCCAACUCCUCAAUCAACUGCGGAUGCACUUCCAGUCGCGUGUAUCCGCAACUUCCGUCCACGCACUUCCAUUCGCCGACGACUGCGUUCUCAGCUCCACUUCAGAAGGGGACAUUCAAAGGAGCAUGGACCUCUUCUCCGCCGCCUGCGACAACUUUGGUCCGGCCAUCAACACGGAGAAGCCGGUGGUUAUGCAUCAGCGGCCACUCGACACUGCCUACGUCGCACCCCGAAUCAACGUGAACGGCGCCCAACUGCAAGUCACGGACAAAUUCACUUAUCUGAACGUCACUCUCUCCUGCAAUACCAAAAUCGACAAUGAAGUGACCUGCCGGAUUCCCAAAGCCAACCGAGCCUUCGACCGCUUGCAAAACACAGUCUGGAAUCGACACGGUUUCCAUUUCAGCACCAAACUGAAGAUGCAUGAGGCAGUCUUUCUGACGACGCUGCAAUAUGCAGCUGCGACGCUGCGGCCCCUCCGCUGCUUGUGUAAUUCGAGUGUGAUGCUAUCACAGCGCGUCCAGCUCGGAUGCCCAUUCACACGGCAAAUCAGCGCUUUCCUCAUCUGA